GGAAAAAUUUUGAGUGCUGCAAGAGGUUUAUACCUGGAUAUAUGAGACAAGAAGCAAUACAAGAAGAAGUUCAUAAGGCCGGGAAAAUGUGUCCACUUCUCACGCAGAACGAAGCAGGCCAGACAUGAGCAGCGUACACCUGGACGAGUGGCAGAGGAGGUCCUUUGACAUUUCGUCUGGCACAUGUACACCCGAACAGACGGCCGAUGCUUACCGGGCACACAUUCUGGCCAUUCAGUAUGCAUGGGCGAAUGCCGAGCUCUCUCCACACGGAGCUGCCAGCCUGUUCAGGACCUACACCGAGCGCUAUGCUGCAGUCCUGGACUCAGAUGACCAGCACACAGGACUGAAUAACUACGCCGACAGCGCCCUGCACUUGGCCCGCAAUCAGAGAAACCACAGCGACAAAUGGGAGUCGUCGUUGACAGUCGAAAAUGUGUUCAGCCUGCCAUGCGUGCAGAAGAUGAUGCAGAGUGGGGUGGACGACAGCAGCGUCUCUGUGGAUCCAGCAGAUGCUGACGUUAUUGUUGGUGGAGAAGUCGGUCAGAGUUGUGGCAAAGGUAUGAUAGUGUCCAAUGCUGCUGUUGGAUGCAAACCUGAGCAUCCUUCAUGCUGGCCUGUGCGUCACAGCAGUGCUGGGGUUGAGAAAACACCAGGGAACAUGGCCACUGGUGCAGCAGACACGACCAAAAGUAAAGAAACCAGUCUACCUUCAGCCCCUAAUGCCCCUGCACUCCCAACAGGGGUAACUCCACUCUUGGCUCAUAACUCUCGUAAUUCCCCUACCAACCCUGGCUCUUUUCCAUGUUCAAGUUUUGCUAGCACAAGUGUGACCGGCGCAAACAAUCACAAUUCUGUGUUCUACUCCUCCACAAAUCCCUCUAAGAGGAAGAAUGUCUACAGUUCAGGAACUGAAAGCAGCAGAAGCUCAUUCCUGCCACAAGGAGGUCAUGAAGGUGGAGGUAGUGGACGGAGAAGAGAAGAGCUUUCUGGCACUAUCUUUAAAACGGCACGAGAGCAGCUUAUUGUUGACCAGCAGAAAAAACACUCCCAUCAGGCACAGCGGGGUUCAUCCGCUCCUACUGGUACAAUAAUUAAAAAAUCUUUGGGGGCUAACAGGUCAAGGGGGGCUUUUUCCAAGUUUGUGUCACCAAUACCAAGGCAGGAGGAAGACAGUAGCAGCAGGGAUGCCCCAACACAAGACACUCAGCCUGUUGAUGAGCGACUUAAGAACUUUGAACCUAAAAUUAUUGAAUUGAUUAUGAGUGAAAUUAUGGACCAUGGCCCACCUGUGGCCUGGGAGGAUAUUGCCGGCCUUGAGUUUGCCAAAGCAACCAUUAAGGAAAUUGUAGUUUGGCCCAUGCUCAGGCCAGACAUUUUCACAGGUCUCAGAGGUCCACCUAAGGGAAUUCUCUUGUUUGGCCCCCCAGGUACUGGAAAGACGCUCAUAGGGAAAUGCAUAGCCUGUCAGUCUGGUGCUACGUUUUUCAGCAUUAGUGCAUCAUCACUCACCUCUAAGUGGGUGGGAGAAGGGGAAAAGAUGGUUCGAGCUCUGUUUGCCAUCGCCCGGUGCCAUCAGCCAGCUGUAAUUUUUAUAGAUGAGAUUGACUCCCUGCUUUCUCAGCGCACAGAUGGAGAACAUGACUCAUCUCGCCGGAUUAAGACUGAAUUUCUUGUUCAGCUUGAUGGAGCUGCAACUUCCUCUGAAGACCGAAUAUUGGUGGUUGGGGCCACCAAUCGGCCUCAGGAGAUCGAUGAAGCGGCUCGGCGCCGCCUGGCCAAGCGACUCUACAUUCCCCUUCCAGAGGCUGCCGCACGUCAGCAGAUAGUGAGCAGCCUAAUGUCGCGGGAGAAGAGCCAGUUGAGAGUGGAUGAGCUUGAGAAGGUGGUGUCGAGCACAGAGGGUUUCUCUGGGGCUGAUAUGACGCAGUUGUGCCGUGAAGCAGCACUCGGACCGAUCCGCAGCAUCCAGCUAAGUGACAUCGCCACCAUUACACCCGAGCAGGUGCGACCCAUACUGUACUGUGACUUUCAGGAGGCACUUAAGACUGUACGGCCCAGUGUGUCUACCAAAGAUCUGGAGCUCUAUGAGGACUGGAACAAGACUUUUGGCUGUGGUAGAUAAUCCACAAAAAUUAAACAUUAGUGGGUUUUUUUGUUCGUUUUUUGUCAAUUUUGGAUAUUUUUAGUUUUUAAGUUUGUAAACUUAAAAGAACUGUGCUGUUUGCUUUAAUAUAGUAAAUGUAUAAGCUGAUUGAAAGCGCUGUUGAAUUUCUGUUUUGAUUUUGAAAACCUCUUGAUGCUUUUUCUACGAUUAUUGUUAAUAAGUUUUUUGUUACCCAGUGCAAUUUUUUAUUUAGACUGGAACGUUGGAAAAUUUUGGAAAGUAAAUAAAUGUUUAU